AUGGAAGAGCCUCCCGAAGAGGCUCCCGCAGAAUCCUUGGCACCUGAAAGCACAGCCAAGUCCCCAGAUGACAGCCACACAGAUGGCCAGGAAGACAACUGGCAGAACCAGGAUGAAGAAAACGUAGAGGACCAGACUGAUCCCAGAACGGCUGAGCAGGUUGCCCAAAGAAUGUUGGGGCAGACUGACCACAAAGGAUCUGAACCCACCGGGCUCCAAGCAUCCGAUCAAGCGGAUCUCAGGGCAUCCGACCACACUAAUGUUGCUCAGCGUAGUGCAUCUGAUCAGGACGACCAAAGAAUGUAUGAACAGACAGACAGGAGGACAUCUAGACAAACCAAUCGUGUACAGGUGGAAGAAACUGACAGCCAGAUGUUUCUUCCACGUGAACAAAGAACUUCUGAGCAGUCUGAACGCAGGAGGUCCCACCAGGCUGAAAGCAGAGAUUACGGGCAGAUUGACCGCAGAAUGUCCAGCCAGACUGAGCCAAGAGCUUCUGAGCAGAGUCACCAUAGAUUGUCUGUCUCAUCAGAACAACGAGCCUCUGAACAGACUGGCCACAGAAUGCCCAGCCAGUCUGACAACAGAACUUUAGAACAGAUCGACAGCAGGUUGUCCGGCCUGGUCGAACGAAGAACUUCUGAAAAGAUCGACAGCAGGUUGUCUGGCCUGGCUGAACGAAGAACUUCUGAAAAUAUUGGUCAUAGACCAUCUAACCAAGCUGACCUCGUACCAUCUCUAAAGACUCACCAAGAUGUAUAUGAGGAAGCUGCUGACCAAGCUGACCGCAGUGCCUAUCACCUUCCCGUUGACAAUGCUGACUACAGCGAUGAGAUGGAACACUUAAUGGCUGAAGAGAAUUACUACAAGGACUACCUAGCUAACUAUGGAGCACCUGGCCAGUACAACGACAGAAUAUUUGCCCAAUUUGGUGACAUUAAGGGGUACAAAGAAGCUGAGCCCAGAAUAGAACCCUGUGAUUUUGAGACCAAAGAAACCACCGGUGACAAUUCCCCAGUUUCAGUUGAGACUGACAAUGAAAGUGAGACCUAUCUGCCAGCCUUUGGCUCGUUUGGUGCCAGAUUCACCAGUGAUUUGCAAGCAAAAGACCAAGUCUAUUCUCAGAGAUUCCCCUAUAUCUCACCCAAGUUGGACUAUAUCAUCAGUCAAGAAAAAACUGAAGCUGUAGAAACCAAGCCUGAUGAUGUUCCAGAACACCAAGAAGGAAGGAAAUCUUUUGGAUACAAUCAAACUUAUAAGAGGCAGUUCCCUCCUAUUGUAUAUGAAGAUCCUUAUCAAGUUUCACUACGAUACAUGGAGAAGCACCACAUUCUGCAAAUAUUCCAGCAGAUCACUGAGAACUUAGUCUAUGAAAAGCCAGAGGACCCCCUCAGUUUUAUGCUGUGCCAGCAUUAG